AGAUUGAAAAGAAGUGAAUUUAAGAAGUUACAACACAAUAGGUGGGGACAAACAAAAAAGCUGUAUAAUCAGGCUCCAGGAGGCUGGAAAUCAAAAAAUAAAAAAUUACAGUUCUUUUGCCAAAGCCAGUUGUUUAAAAGUAUAAGUGAGGAAACCGGUGAUGAAAUGUCCAAGCUCCAGGAAAAAAAUUCAGUAGAAAUCCAGACCACUGAAACUUUGGUGGAAUCUCAGAGUAGUCUCUCGCCAACUGGAAACGAAGCCCGAGGUGCAUUUGUCCAACAGAUGAUGGGAUCUUCUGAGUUUAGCCCACAUCCUGGUUUAGCAAAUAUACUUAAACCACAUGCAGAGACAAAUGGAACAAUUUGUAGCCAACAAAGUAUUAGAAAAGAACAAAGCCAAGAUAAACUCUUUCAAAGUGCAUGGAAAGCCAAAACCUUUAGAGAUUGUAGAAUAUUUCUGAGAAAAAUCAACCAUAUUGAGCAGCACAAUUCAUUUAAUAUAGAUAAUAUCAUUUAUUCUCCUGAAGUUGUUGAAAGUAAGAGCAAUCAGGCCUAUAUGGAAGAAAAAAGGCAUCCUCUCUUAAGGUCCCAUUCCACUAAGCAAAAUGCAUUAAAGAAACAAGAAAAUGAAAUGGUAACAUCUAAAGGACCUAACUCUUCCAAAGUGACUGAAAGGCUGGAUGACCAGUUUAACAGCAGAAAAUUAACUUGUGGGGUAAUCCAUGAUGAUAAUCCCGCUGGUAAUUCUGAUGUUCUUAUCAGAAUAAACAAAAGAAAAAGUCCACAAUGGGAGACAACAGAUACAAAUAUAAAGAAAAAGCAUAAGAGACAAUCUUGCAGUAGUGGACAAAUGACAACUUAUUACCCAAAGUACCAACUAGAAAAGAUACGACAGAAAGUUCACUGGUGAAAGAAAUGUUAACUGUAGAGACACAGAAUUGUGAUUUGGAGCUUUACCCAGGCCUGUGACCCCAGGGCUUUCUUGGGGCCCUGCUGCAGCACCUGGGGUUGUCUGAUACAGAACAGGAUGUCUUCUCUUGGCAUGUCGAGUCAGCUCUGUGUCCUGUCUGCAC